AAAAACUCACGGAUGACUGAGGGUAUCUGUCACUUCUGGGCGGGAACAACGCUCGGCUAUACAGAUUGUUUUAGAGUCCAAAACCACCGGUCAAAUGUUUCCUCUCCUAUUCUUGGCCUAUGUUGUGGCCGUCAAAGUUUUCAAGAAGACAACUCCGAAUGGCAAAGUUACCGUAUACCUUGGCAAAAGGGACUUCAUCGACCAUCUGGACAGCGUAGAUCCGAUCGACGGGAUUGUUGUUGUUGAAAAUGAUUACCUUCAAGGAAGAAAAGUUUUUGGCCAGGUCAUCACAACUUACCGAUAUGGUCGCGAAGAGGAUGAAGUCAUGGGAGUUAAAUUCAGCAAGGAACUGAUCGUCGCUCGAGACCAGAUUGUUCCUGUCAAAAAGGAAAAACAGGAGACGACUCCCAUCCAAGAACGUCUUCUUAAGAGAUUGGGCCCCAACGCAUUCCCAUUCACCUUCCAAUUCCCGCAGAACUCUCCGAGCUCCGUCACCCUCCAGCCUGGUGACGACGACACCGGAAAACCCCUCGGAGUCGACUACACAGUGAAGAUCUUUGUCGGAGAAAACGAGGAAGACAAGGGUCACAAGAGAUCGUCCGUAGCUUUGGCCAUCAAGAAGCUGCAGUUUGCUCCGCUAACACGAGGACGUCGCCUGCCGAGCUCCCUUGUAUCCAAGGGUUUUACAUUCUCCCAGGGUAAGCUCAACCUAGAGGUAACAUUGGACAAGGAAAUUUACUAUCAUGGCGAGAAGGUGUCUGCCAACGUCAUCAUCACUAACAACUCGAGAAAGGCUGUCAAAAACAUCAAGAUUUUUGUGGUCCAACAUUGCGAAGUGACGAUGGUCAACGCUCAAUUCUCACGCCAUGUGGCUAGUUUAGAAACCCGCGAAGGCUGCCCCAUUACACCUGGUGCAUCUUUCACCAAGCAAUUCUAUCUUGUUCCAUUGGCCAGCAGCAACAAGGAUCGCCGAGGAAUCGCUCUCGACGGACAUCUGAAGGAGGACGACGUCAACCUGGCCUCUUCCACUCUGGUCGGCGAAGGAAAAUGCCCAGCAGAGGCGAUGGGUAUCAUCAUUUCGUACUCCGUUCGUGUCAAGUUGAACUGCGGCACUUUGGGAGGUGAACUUGUGACCGACGUUCCCCUGAAAUUGAUGCACCCUGCUCCUGGUGCCGUCGAGAAAGAGAAGGCGGUCUUAAAGAAAAGCAAGAGCAUCGACCGUGCGCGUUAUGAAAAUUCAUGCUACGCCAACGACGACGAUGACAACAUCGUCUUCGAGGACUUUGCUCGUUUGCGUCUGAAUGAGCCAGAAUAAAAAUAUAUGGAAAAACAUCCGCAGCGCAAGUUCUGAAAAGAAUGAAACUUUAUCCUUUUCAAUCUUACCAUGAAAAUGCACCGCGAAAUCUGGUGUUUUUGGAAACCCAAUUUCACUUUCAGUAUUCCAUACAAGAUUGUGACCUGCUGCAAACGAAGCAUGAAAAUUGUGGUCAUUUCAGAAUUAUAUACGAACACUUAUAGAAUGGGAUAAAAUUUUGUAAAUGUUGCUAUUGAAAAUCUGAGAAGAUAACAUUUUUUAUGGUUCAGCGGCAGCGUAUAUCUCUCUGUUAAAGAAACGAAAGAUUAUAAUUUUUUUUUCAAACGUGGAGAAGAGUGAAGCUCGCGAUGCCAUUUUCUUGUGUGAUAUAAAAUUUACUUUCUUUUCAAAUUGCGCAGCAGUUGGGCAGUGAAAGUAGUUAUAACUAUUUAUAGAGCGAUAAAUCAAGUAUCGAAUCCAAGUUACUUAAAUGUACAUAAAAGUUACCUCGAAUAACUUGUUAUAUUAUUGAAGUCAUAAGAUAUUUGAAUAUCAGAAAAAGCGAAAAAAAAAUCGAAAAAAAAGAAAAAUGUUAAAAAAAAAACAUACAAAAAAAAAACUCUUGUUCUGUCGUCCCGAAAUUUGGGUUCGAUGGUGGUGGUCGAGCAUAAAUUUUGAUAUGGGCGAAAAAAAAAAAUAUUUUCCAAUUACGUUUAACAUGGUUUAACCAAUUAUUCGUUGCCUGUAUUAGGAGUUAAAGUUAUAUUGAAAAAAAAAUAAAGAUUAAAAAAAGAAUAAAUGAACAAAUAAAAUAAAAUCAUCUUUCCCGUUUUACCCAGAAGUGACUUAAUGUAUUGUUAAUUUUAAUUGAUUUUAUUAUCGUUAUUAGGAAUACUUGUAACGUAUUAUAUGUUUUGUGAUCCUUGUAUCGUUAAUUGAAUAUAUUUUUGUUGAGUUGCUAUUGUACAUUAGAAUGAAGCUAUAAUAAAUUCUUAAAUUCAUGGUAA